GUAACAUAAAAGAUUGACACCCGGCUAAAUAUUGGUGAAGCUAACAGAGAAUGUGGUUCGAGGGCGAGUCCAAGAAGAAAAAGCAGACGAAGCAGACGGAACGAACGAACGUCAUCAAUCUGACCGCAAACUCACGGAGUCAUCCAACUACCGAGCUAAAAACGAAAUUUCCCUCGUUCAUUGUGACCAAAUCAGGGCCGUUCCCCUGCCUCGGUAUCGAGCUUGGCAAUAGCGGCCUUCAACUCCUGCCGCUUUUGCUCGGGGCCGUCCAUCUCAUACAACUCCACCUUCAUGGUUGCAAGCUUAAGCUCUCUUUCCAACUGCUGAACACGAGGGUUGCGCUCAGGCUCGGCCUUGAUGAGGAUCGUCAGAUUGAUGACUUGGAUCUUCUCGUUGAUGUAGGGCAGACGGCUCUGGGCAGCCUCCUUCUGUUUCUUCUGCUCGCUCUGGUCGUGAAGGUAGGCCUCUUCGCCGGCGAUUAUAUCGUCGAGCUUGUCCUUUUCCUCCUCCAGUCGCGUCAUUUUCGCUCGAAGAUCGUCCAGCUCACCGCCUCGACCGGUACCCCUCCACUUGAGCUUGUUGGGCAUAGUUUGUCGCUUGCGUGUUUAGGGGGUCGAUUAUAGGCUCUUUCCCUAUCGCAGGUUUGUGGGGGUAAAGAAUGGAGUGUUUUUUGAAGAAGAUCGAUAUUGGUAGGUCUCUAUACCCUUAAGGUAGGUGGAGUUGGGGACACCUGGGCUUGACCCUCGGAACUCGGUGGUCUCCGGAAUCGAGGCGUCUCUUAAACUCACACCUUCG